AUGUGGACGCCAUCGCUCCAUGAAGCACCACGCCUCCUCACCUCACUCUCCCCCUUCGCCUCCGCCUUCGCCUCCUACGCGCCCCUCCGCCUGGCCGCAUGCAAGGAAGGCGCCAUGACGCUUCGACCGUCAAUGGACCGCUACGGCGUCGCCCCCGACACCCUCGCCCAUAAACUCCCUCCUCUCCGCCCAUCUGCCCGCGUCGACGAGACCGACCGCCGACGGCCGCCGAGUCUCAACCGCUUCAAGACCCGUGUCGGCACCCGGAGCGGACUCCUUCCCAUCUUGCCUGCGAGGUGGUGCGGGAGAAGGCAGAAACGACGUGCCAAAGCGCGCGCCAAGACCACCUUCGGCGAGAUGGUGAUCCGAAUUGGGUGGGACAAGAACAACAUGUCGGCCUACGAUGCGUUCCUCGCGACACUGGUGCGAGGAGGGCAGCCCGACGAGGCGCUGAACUUUUUGAAGGUGAUGAAGGGCAAGAAUUGCUUGCCGGGUAUCAAGUUUUUCGCAAACGCGCUCGAUAUUCUUGUCAAGAGUGGCGAUGCUAAGCACGCUGUUGAGCUGUGGGAUCUUAUGGUUGUUGAGAGCGGGCUUGUGCCUAACCUUGUUAUGUACAAUGCGAUUAUUGCCUUGGUGUGCAACGAGCGGGAUUUCGAGGCAGCGUAUCGGUUACUUGAUGCGAUGCCAUUCCACGGUGCGUUCCCCGAUUCGCUAACUUACAAUACGAUUUUUGAAUGUCUUGUUAGGAAUAGGAAGGCGAAGGAGGCCGAGAAGUUCUUUGGUGAGAUGAGGAAGAAUGAGAUGUCGCUUUCGAGGUCGAAUCGCGUUGCGGCGAUUAAGAUGUUCUUUGAGGAGUUUGAUCCAGCGGCGGCGAUGGAGGUGUGGAAUUGUGCGGCGGAGGAGAGGGGGGAGUGGGAUGAGGAGUGUGCGAAUGAGUUGCUUGUUGGGUUGGCGAGUUUGGAGAGGUUGAGCGAGGUGAGGAGGUUUGCCGAUGAGAUGAUUGAUAUGGGAGUGCAUUUGAGGUCAGCCACCAUGGAUAAACUGGAGAGUGCUCUCUCCAAGGGAAGGAGGAGAGAAUGUUUUGAUCAUAUUGAGAGGAGAGUGAAGCGCGGUUGAAACAGUAAUGGUGGACAAUGCACAGUGGUGGAAAGCCCAUGGGUACGCACCAAUCUAUACGUUUUAUGUGUUUUGUGUUGCCAUUGUCUUUUUAGGGAUGCUUACGGAUGAAGAGAUGUCCAAGGAACAUGAAAGAAACUUCAUGUUGCAGGUGUAGCUCUUAGUUAUGAUCACUAUCCUUAUUCAAGUUUAUCUUUCUUGUAAACUCCGUACCCCUAAGUGCUUAUACUUGGAUAACAGGAUGAGUCCUGUUCUUUUUAUCUUCUUUCUGAUAAGAUUAGUGCGAGGAGCUUUCUCAUAUAUCUGGCCGAUUUCUGGGCAUCAGUUAAUGGAUUUCUUCUCUGGCUUUAUGGAGAAAGCUACUUUUUUGACGAAUUUUCUUUAAUCCUUCUGCUCUUUGCAGGUUCCUUUUCUUGAUGAUGUGUUCUUCCAAGAAUUUCCUUCAUAUUUAAGUUUUAUUUUAUUUAUCUGUUAGAUGGAGGUUACUUUCACUACAUUUGAAGCUUUAGAUUGUGCUAGAAUUAUGAUUCCUGUUGUGGCUGCAGUUUUCACUGUCAGCAUGUUUUCUCAAAAUUGUUCUAAUUUCUUUUAUCCUUAUCCCUGUCAUGUUGCACUUUAUGUUUGCAGUUCAGAUAUUCUUACCCUUCUCCUUUGACAUUAAGUUGUGCCAACUUUUGAAAUGACCCGUGUUGUCGUAUUGUUAAUAAACUCUUGAUGCCAUUUCUAGAUAAUAGUGAUCUCCCUUGUGUGCAACUGAAGUGUUGAUCCCUAAAAAUUGGUCCUCGAACAUCUGGAUUCUCUUGCUUUGUUAUGGAUCUCUCUAACGCCUCGUUUGGUACGCGGGAAUUGAGUCAAGUGAGAAUGGAAUGAAGGUAGAAUGAAAUAGAGUUGAUGUGGGAAUGGAAUGCUCAUUCCCAUUCUCAUGUUUGGGUGUGAUUAGAGAAUUAAGUAGGAACAUCUUUAAGAAUAGUAUAUCCGAAAUUUAUUUUGUUAUUUUCUUUCUCACUUAAGUGGGAAUGUCAAUUCCUUGUUAACUUAUUGGGAAUAGCAAUUCCCACAUUAAGUAGCAAUUCCCACAUUAAGUGGGAAUUGAUGAGAAGUGAGAAUGACAUUUCAAGCAUCCAAUAACACAUUAUGUUUGGUAAAUAUGAAUGAG